CAUUUUUCUAAUUCGUAGCUACCAGAGGUGAUCCGAGGUCUAAAUGAAUGCAUUACUCGAUUGGAACCAGAUGAUGGAAGAAAAGUUUCUGCUGCUUCGUAGGUACUCUCUAUCCGACUUAAAUCAUUUUUUAAUGAUUAAUAUCUUCAUAACCUGUAAAUUUUCUAACAGAUUCUUUUAUUAAUAUUUUCUGUGAUCUCAUGUUGUUCAUCCUAGAUUUCUGAUUUUGUUUUUGUUAAAGCUGAUUUUGGAGCUGAACUGGCUUUGAGUACAAGAAUGGAGCAGGAUCCAGCUUCAUGGUGGCAACAACAUGGGAUAAAUUGUCUUGAACUGGAACAAAUUGCCAUUCGGUUAUUGAGCCAGACAUGCACGUCCUUUGGUUGCGAACACCAUGGGAGUAUAUUUGAUCAAAUUCAUAGUACAAGGCAUAACCGCUUGGCUCAGAAAAGAUUAAACGAUUUUGCUUAUGUCCAUUACAGCUUGCAUCUUAGAGAGCGACAAUUAAAGAGAACUACUGAUGACUCCAUAUAUCUUGACAGCGGCAUGCUAGAGAGCUUACUAGAUAAUUGGGUUGCUGAGUCUGAGAAGCCAUCUUUGCAAGAAGAUGAGGAGAUUCUUUAUACUGAGGCGGAACAAGCAGAGGCAUAUGAAAAUGAGGUGAAUGAGAAUGCAGAGUCAGAUAUAGCGUCAAGGAAAGCUCAUACAGAAAUUGCAGCAUUAACUGAAAUAGUUGAGCCAUUAGAGGUUCAUCAUGCCACUAUGGGUGCUGCAGCUGAUGAAGAUAAUGCUGAACUUGAUUUCCUGGAUGAUGAUUUGAGUGAUUAGGUAAUGUUUCUGGCUCUGAAUUGUCUUAGAAAAGGAGCUUCACAGUAACCAGUUAUUAGUUGUAAAUUAAUUGUCUUAGAAGAGGAGCUUCGAGGAACCAGUUUUUGCUUGUUUUAAUUGUUCUGCAAAUGAGUCCGCUGAUGUAAUUUGUGAGUAAAAAUGUAAAAUAUUCAUCAAAAUAAAUUGAAGUAUCUGUGCUUGUCACUGUCGUUC